AUGAAGCUUGCUGCAAUGCACACUGCUAUAUCUCUGAUCUGGAACUCUGUUGAAAUGCUGCCGGUCUCUGCUCUGUCACCGCAGGAUGGGCCACAUGAGCCGACAACAGGACCAUAUUCCAUGAACUUUACCUUUACCCCUGCUCCCGGUUCUUCCUACUCAUCUGGAAAUGCUGUGCUUAGAAUAAUGGACCUGCCAGAAGUCUGUGUUUCAGAAUCGCUGUCCUACCACAACCAGUUCCUGGUCAGGCUGACUGCUGAUGAGCGCCUUCUUGCAACUGGAUGCUUCAUUAAGCGGGAGCCAUGCAGCCCAUCCGACCUUGCAAGAUUUGUAAAUUACCACAGUCCUAGUGGAUCAUCUGAUACCAGUGGAGGCUACAAUUCAUCAUUCCAAGGGGCACUGAGUGGCUUGGAGUCCCCUUCCAUGGCAAGAAAUCAUAAGUCUUUUGACAUUUGUGAUGGGAAAGAGUCUCCUGCUCAGGCUGACUAUACUCUGAGUGCAGCACCCAAACGUCUAUGCCUUGUUUGUGGAGAUGUGGCCUCAGGAUAUCAUUAUGGUGUGGCAUCAUGUGAGGCCUGUAAAGCCUUCUUCAAACGUACCAUCCAAGGUAAUAUUGAAUACAGCUGUCCAGCAUCCAAGCAGUGUGAGAUCACUAAACGGAGAAGAAAAUCUUGCCAGUCUUGCCGCUUUGCCAAGUGCCUGAAAGUUGGAAUGCUGAAGGAAGGAGUACGUCUGGACAGAGUCAGAGGUGGGAGGCAAAAAUACAAAAGGCGCAUGGAAUCUGAGAGCAGUGGAGAACAUGGGAUACCAAUUCACCCAGGUCCAAAAAAGGCUUAUGCAAAGAUUGUGUCCAACCUUCUUUUGGCAGAGCCGGAAAAGAUCUAUGCCAUGCCCGACCCUACAGUCCCUGACAGUGAUAUUAAGACUCUGACAACACUAUGUGACCUAGCAGACCGUGAACUGGUGGUCAUUAUUGGCUGGGCCAAACAUAUUCCAGGGUUCUCUUCACUUUCCCUGGGAGACCAGAUGAGCUUGCUGCAGGGAGCCUGGAUGGAAAUUCUACUUCUAGGAGUAGUAUUUCGCUCACUACCCUACCAGGAGGGGUUAGUGUAUGCCGAGGACUAUAUAAUAGAUGAGGUGCAUUCACGCAUGAGUGGCUUGAGAGAUCUCUACCUAUGCACACUGCAAUUAGUCCAAAGAUACCGCAAACUGCGCAUAGACAAGGAGGAGUAUGUGACACUAAAAGCCCUAGCACUCGCUAACUCAGAUGCAGUGCAUGUAGAGGACAUACAGAGUAUACAAAAGCUGCAGGACCUUCUGCAAGAGGCUCUGCAGGAAUAUGAGAGCAGCCAACACUGGGAAGAGCCUCGGAGAGCUGGCCAGCUUCUGCUCACUCUUCCUCUCCUGAGGCAAACAGCCAGCCGAGUUGUACAGCAUUUCCAUGCUGUACGGGCACAGGGCAGGGUACCCAUGCAUAAACUCUUUCUGGAGAUGCUAGAGGCCAAAAUGUGACUCGGGGACUAUAUGCACAGAAAUUACAUGCUCAUACCACUCCCUACAGCCUUCCUGGCCUCACAAUGUUCUUAAGCACAAAUAAUGCUCUUCAUAAUGCAGGAGACCAAUGCAGAGCCAAGUAACAACAGGGAACAUGAACCUCAUUCACUCUCAUGGUGUGAAUAAGACUCAACAAAAGACCCUGAAUGCAGUAACACACUUUUCUUGUGACCAGUUUUUUUUGCAAAAAAAUAACAUAAAAACUGGAAUAUACAGAAUCAUACAUAUACAUAUAACAUAAAAACUGGAAUAUACAGAAUCAUACAUACAUUUAUUAAGUCAGCCAGAAUUUAGGAGCUAGAAUAUGUAACUUUCAGACUCUUUAUUGCUUUGCACCCAUUUUUGACCCUCUCAAAUUAAAGAGUGCAUGUUACAGACAAAUUAAACACCACUAGGCUGAAGAAAAAGCUUCAUGUUAACUAGUUGCUAUUUUCUAUAAGACUGGUUACCUCUGACACAGACAGAUCAAAUUCUGAUCAUUUGCUGAGUCUGUCUGACCAUAGUGUAAAAUGACUCAUAAUGUCUAAUUUAGAUGCCAAAUUGCAAUUGUCCCAAUUUCAAUGUCCCUCUGUGUUAAAGCCAGGAUCUUGCUGAUCUUACCACCUUCUUGUUGUGAUGCCUCUGUGAUCUUGUCUCUCUGUAUGACCUUGUUCCUCUGUGUUUAUGUGCUGCAGAGACCCUGCUGGCAUUUCAGUGCCCAUUUGCUUGUUUGUCUCUAGCCUCUUGAUAUCUAGCUGUGUUCAGUAUUUUUUUUAAAUAACCUUCUUUCAUUUAGACCAUCUUAUAUGGUGCCAAAAGGCUAUAUGACCAUGUCCUUCUGAAUGAUGAUGUAUCUACAAGGCCCUGUGCCCUGGUAUUUAGUGUGCUUCCAUAGUUUUGCCUCCUGUAGCAUUAAACAGAAGACAAAUGCUACUGGCUUUUAGUCUGCCCUAAGAAUUAGGCAAUAACAUUCUCAUACUAUAAAAAAUAAAAUACAUAACUGGCAUAUUAAUCUCAUACUCUAGUUUGUUUCACAGUUGCAGGGACUGAGCAUUGGAUGGCUCUAGACUAUGUUGCUACAGUCCACAGAACAGCAUUAACCAGUUGCAUGUUUGGCUACGUGACAGGAAUGUAUAGACUGCUAUUAAUUAAUUAAGACAAAGAAAUCAUAAGUCUGAUCAAACUAACAAUGAAAUUAUUUUUAUAUUAUUACCUGUGUCCACUACUGGUUUUCUGCAUGCUUCUGAGAUUUUGAAUUGUCUGUGACAUGGAAUCUACUUUAUGCCUACUUUCUACUUAUGUGUGCCAUAGCUCUUCACGAGUAUGAUGGUGGUAUCAUAUUGACUGUACAGAUCUUCAUUAAAAAAGUGUUUGUUACUUUUAUUAGGCCUAUGACAGAGAAGAGUGA